ACUAACUGUGCCUAGGAAAUAACCGGCGGUACGGAUACACACCUCGACUAGCGCUUUGUGUUGCAGCUACAGUAGAAGCCACAUUGGAGUGAAAGGAGCUUUACGCAUGAACGCAGAUCUGCUAUGAUCAUGAACACAGAUCUGCUAUGAUCAUGAACACAGAUCUGCUAUGAAAUCUUCGCGGUGACCGGAAUUCUGUCUGUUUUUGUGCCCUGGUGGCAAAACCAAAGCUAAAGCGAGUAAAGAUGAAGCAGCAUGGAGUGGGGGUUCUACUGACACUGUGGCUCUUUAUGGAGUGUAUAGAAGCAAAGAAGUACUGCUGGUAUUUUCAGGAAGGAUACCCCAGCUACUUCAUAUGCCGCUCGUACGAGGACUGUUGUGGGACUCGCUGCUGUGUCCGCGCUCUCUCCAUCCAGAGGCUCUGGUACUUCUGGCUGCUGCUGAUGAUGGGAGUGCUUUUCUGCUGCGGAGCUGGCUUUUUCAUUCGCCGACGUAUGUAUCCAUCUCCUCUGAGCGAAGAGCCCUCCUUUAACGUGUCAUUCACCAGACACCCUGUGAGCACACCAGUCUCUCAGCAACCUGGCAUUCAGGGUUAUGGAGACCCCAGUACUGCUAUGACAAUGCCCCUGGCCCCUGCCUACCCAGGCCAGCCCAGCACAGCCCACAUGAUGAGCUCAUAUCCACCGCCACCCUCCUACUGCAACCAUCCUCCACCUUCUUACGACCAGGUCUUCAAGACCACAGAGAAGAAGUAGGUACAGACGUUCACCUCGGCACAACACACUCCAGCAGAUCAGCGAUCUGAGCCAGGACGACAACACGAUUCUACCCAGAACCUCUGGUAGCCGACAGCUCAGUCUCGAGUAGCUUCAAGUGGCUUGUUUUUAUUUUGUGUGCUUGUUUUUUUGAAUACAGCUUUUUUUUUGUCAUGUUCAUUGUUCAUCAUGUUAGAGGUGGACAGACCUGCUUUUCUCUGACUGUACAAUAUAUUUAAUUAAAAGGAACAUAAAGGUUUUUAUGCCUGGAAGGAUAUGCAGAACGUGAACUGCAUUUGUGCUCAAAUAUUCAGCAUUUUGGAGUUUCAGAGUAAAGGUGCUGGGUGUUGGAAAAAGCUGGAUGCUGGAAAGACGAUGUUAGUAAAUCCAACCGCGUCAUGUUUUUACUGUUGUUCAGUUUGUACAGAGGAAAAUGACAGUUUUCUUCAAAGAACAUCGACCAUUGCCAAGUCCACUGCACUGUCUGAGCAAUUUGAAAGCCUGGAGGCUUGGGACACAAAACUCAGACCAUCUUUUCUAAGGACUGCAGAAAGGACUUUGUUGUAUUUGAACAAAGGUAACUCUGCAGACAGCAACGGUACUCGUGCUGAAGCAAAGUGCAAUGAUAAUGACAGUUCAUUCAUUCACCCUGGUAAUCCAUUAUACACCAGAGGCCACUGGCUGUUGUUAGUGAAGGUCUGAUCUUGAAUCAGCUUAAUAUUCAGAUAGCCUGACAGUGGUAUAACCAAUAAGAACAAGUCCAAGGUUAGUUUAUUCAUUAUACCCAGCAUGCAGUCAUUUCACUGCCAUACAUAGCGACAACCUGAGCACAAGCCACCAUAUUUUCAGCUGUACGUGAUCCGAAAAAACAAUUUUCCAAAUAUAGUUAUUGGACUUGCCAUGUUACCCAUGAACAUGGAGGCAGUCUGGUGAUCCUCUGUUCCAGUCUCCAAAAAAACAUGUAAAUGGACUGAGCGUUCAUUCAAAAGCACACUCGAUAAAUUAACAUAAGAAAUUACAGUAGUGCACAAUUAACUCCUAGAAUGAACUUUUAUACUUUUUAGCAAUUGAUAGCUUUAAUUUUGGAGAAAAGAAGUUGCAGACAACUUCAGCAGAAACUCAGCUCCGAUAUUACAAUAAAUAAUUGUUCUUGUCACAGCGAUGUCAGCGUUCUUUUACGAAAGGUUCAGUGAUGAAAUAACAGUAACGAAAUUAGCAUUCGAUAGUGUGCAGCAAUUGCCUGGGAUUUAACAAAAGCAUAGCACCAGGUGUAAUAUUAACACUUCACCUUAACGACAACAUGCCUUGAAGCUCAAUGUCAUUCUUUUACUCAUGUAAAAGAAGCAGAAAAAAAAGUGUCAGGUAUUCUUGCAAAGAUUCGCGGGAUUUCAAUUGGUCUAGAUAAGGAAUACUGUUCAGAAAUGUAUAGCAGAGAUUAGGAAAUAUUAGAAAAGGUUUUGGACAGGAUAACAUUUGCUUGUUUUUAUUUGUGUUGAUGUACAUUUCAAUGGCUGUUCUAUGCAAAGUGAAGAUGGGGUCAGUUAUAUGUACAACUUGCUUAGCUGUUGUAAUAGGUGUAUGUUGUAUCACUGUAUCAGACUUGGCGACUUGGAAAGACAUGCAAGUUACAGGUGUAAGUGCUAUUACAUGAAACAGUCAAAAUUUAGAUGAAACAUAAGAAUCUGUCCUUUAUCUAAAUAAGAUAAGAAGAUAAAGUUGUUCUCUGUCAUAUUGUAUCCAAUAAACUGUCAUUGACAAAAAAAAUGUGCCAUGCUUGAUGUCAGAGGAUUCAUGAAUAUAAUAGAAUACAGCACAAAAUUCCCUUCUCUCAUUAGGAAUGUGAUUUUUUUUUCUAUUAUCUCUGCAGCUGGAGACAUUAACCAGAGGCCAAUAAAUGGAGUAUCUGCCAGUUUUGGAGGUUCCCAUAUUCAGCAUUGAAUUUCUGUCACUGCCUGAACUCAUGGCUUUAAUGAUUUGUAAUUUUUCAUAAAUAUUUCAGAUUUUAAUCUACCCUCCUAGAGGCAAAAUAUUCAUAAAAAUGUUCCCAUUGGUUGAAAAAAUGCAUUUGCUCUGAAAAUUUUUCUGGAAAAAAUACUAUGUUCUUAAAGCCCUGAGUGUCUAAUUUAAUAUGAGCCAUUAAGCAUCACUGUGGAGUGUGACAUUCAAGGAAAUCCAGUGCUGAAUAUGGACACAACCAAAAUAGGCACAAAUUGAAUUUUUCGACUAAAAACAGCUUCAGAUCUUCAACCAACUGAACUAGCAAUAAUUCUGCCUGAGAAUUUCAAAUGAUACCUUCUGGUGUUCAUGCUGCUCUCGUUCAGUAUUUAAAAUUACAACACGAAUUACGAAAAAUUUAGGACCUUUUUUAAAUUUGAAUAAAACGAAAACUAAGACUUUCAAAUCGCAUGAGCCAAUGUUUUAUGUACAACAGAACAGAGAUAACAUGAAUGUUCAAAUGGAUAGAUUUUUACACUUUUAUCCACUAAAUGAGCUCAUUUCAAAUUUGAUGCCUGCGACAGGUCUCAAAAUAGUUGGGAAGGUGGCAUGUUUUCCAUGGUGUAGCAUCUCCUCUUCUUUUCAAAACGGUUUGAAGACAUCUGGGUUUUGAGGUUAUGAGUUUCUGGAGUCUUGGUGUUGGAAUUUGGUCCCAUUUUUGCCCGAUAAACUGUAAUUGUCCAGCUGCUGAAGAGUUUGAUGUGCCAAAUGUUCUCUAUAGGUGAAUGGACUGCAGGCAGCCAAUUCAGCACUUGGACUUUUCUACGACAAAGCCACGCUGUUGUAAUAGCGACAGUAUUUGGUUUUGCAUUGUCCUUCUGAAAUACACAAGGCCUUUCCCUGAUAUAGACGUCGUCUGGAGGGGAGCAUAUGUUGCUCUAUAACCUUUAUUUACCUGCAUUCAUAGUGCCUUCCAAAACAUACAAUCUGCUUGUAUGCACUUACAGUAUGCACUUACAGUAUGCACCCCAUACCAUCAGAGAUGCUGGCUUUUCAACUGAAAGCUGAUGACACACUAGAAGGUCUCCCUCCUCUUCAGCUCAGAGGACACGGCAUCCAUAAUUUCAAGCAAGAAUGUUAAAUUUGGACCCGUCUGACAGAACACUUUGAUAACAGUUCAUCUUAAAUGACCAUCGGUCCACAGGACACGACAGCACUUCUGGACCUCGUUCACAUGUGGCUUGCUUUUUGCACGAUAGAGCUUUAGUUGGCAUCUGAACGGCGGAUUGUGUUUACCGACAGUGGAUUCUGGAAUUAUUCCUGGAUAAAGGUCUUCGGCCUUGUCCCUUAUGCACAGAGGUUUCUCCAGUUUCUGCAAAUCUUUUGAUGUUAUACACUGUAGAUGAGAUUAGCAAAGCUUUUGAUGUUGAGGAAAUUUUUUUAAGGUAUUCUACAAUCUUUUAGAAGAGAGCCUCAGAUUCUAAUCUUGUUACAGACCUCAUAUCAAUUCACUUAAUUAGUUGCUAGAUCUUCUUCCAGCUGAAUCUUUUCAAAAUGUCUUCGUGGCAACUUUGAGACCUUUAGCAUUCAUCAAAUUAGAAAUGAGCUCAUUUAGUGGAUAAAAGUGUAAAAUUUCUCUGUUUAAACAUUUGUUUUGUUAUCCAUGUUCCACUGUUAACAGAAUAUUGGCUCAAAUUUUCCGGAAUUCGGAUUGUAAACAGGGGUAAAAGUCCUGAAUGUGUGUGGUUACAUUCUAAAUAAGUUUCUUCUGUGAUUGUAUACAGUACA